AUGUUGUUCCAUGACCUGGCUAGCGACAUUCAGGGCUCAGAGACAAAGCCCCUUUACAUCUCCAAGAUCUCGAUCGAUGGCGACAACAGUCUAAGUCCCUUAUCCGGUUCAGUCUACAAAGCGAUCCUCGAUCAGGCAUUAUCGCACCCUGUGCAGAAUGUGGGGUCAAGUUUGUACACUUUUGGUGAUAUUAGAAGGAAACUACUGUGUACUGGACUUUACCAGGAUGUUAGAAUUACUUUGGAACAGGACCACGAUGCUAAGUCAUCGGAGUUUGCAAACAAAGAUUCUCCAAAGGAAUAUGGGAUUGAGUCACCUUUGGCUACACAUGCCAGAAUUAUUCUGAAACCUUCUGGUGUCUACAACAGUACGGCUGGAACCACUAGCCUGGUCGAUGAUUCUGCAUCUGUGGCGAUUAGUCGUUCCUAUAUGAACCUCCUGGGACGUGCAGACAGUGAAUCCUUCCAUCUGGGUUUGAAGUACAAUCCGCAAACUUCUAAAUGGGAGGGGAAAUCCUUGAAAGGAAGCUUCUCGCUGCCAUUGGCCAAGAAUCCUUCUGUGAGGGCAAGUUUAAACUUUGAUGGUGUUAAAGUUAAUCAAAGAUCAAAAUCUUAUAUUGCCGAGACCGACGAUCACGAUGAAAUGCAAUACUCUCUCAGUACAGGUUUACAAAAACGCUGGAUUCUGGAACAAACAAAUUCCGUGCCAAAUUUUUACGCGGGGAUCACCUCUACUAAUAGGGACAUCAGUGGUUUAGGUGCUCAGGCUUCUAAGGUCUUCUCAAAUUAUUCGGGCAAAUUCAACAAGGUUUCAUUGGAGUCCAAGUUUCAUAACGAUACGAGAAAAUAUUAUGGAACUUUCCCCGUGUCAGGUUAUGAGCUGCUAGUUAAUAAUGAGUACGUUAUUUCGCAAACUAAGGGCUCUUCUCAGGUCUUGCCUCAGGAAGAUAAUUUCAGUAAGUUUGAUUUCAGCUUGCAACAUCACACAUCGCAUUGGAAAAACAAGCUCACCAAUUCACUGGAUCUCCAGUUCGGUGGUAUCAUCCCAUUUAGUGAGAAGACCGAAGUGCAUCCAAUGGAUAAGUGGUACCUAGGUGGCUUGGACUCCAUGAAGGGAUUCCAAACAAAUGGUGUUGGGUUUGGAGGUAACAGUUUCUUCUACAAAGUGGCUCUUACUGCUUCCCAAAAACUAAUCAAUACUCCAAUUGACUCUCCUUUGAGAUUGAAUUUCUUUAUGAAUUUAGGUAAUGCUUUCAAUGACCUGAACACAGCAACUAACUCUUACGCUGCAGCAACAGGUAUUUCUCUAACUUACAAGACUCCUCAGGCUAACAUGGAUCUCACUUACGCGCACCCGCUAACCUCAAGAUCGCAAGAUAUCACCAAACCGGGGUUCUCAUUUGGCGUCACAUUCUCUUAUUUCUAG